AGGGCAGAGUCGAGGGAGAUCAAAAUCGUAGACUCUUCCUUUUUGACUGGCUCGUCGCCUGGUGCGGUUGCCGUCUCGUUAAGUUGUUGAAUUUCAAGUGUUCCUUUUAUAAAUAUUUUAAAUCAACUGUUGCAUUUAUUUAAUUCCAAACAGUCAACAUGGGUAAAGAAAAGGUUCAUAUUAACAUCGUCGUGAUCGGUCACGUAGAUUCUGGUAAAUCUACAACCACUGGCCAUUUGAUCUACAAAUGCGGGGGUAUCGACAAACGUACCAUCGAAAAAUUCGAAAAGGAAGCCCAAGAAAUGGGUAAAGGUUCCUUCAAAUACGCCUGGGUGUUGGACAAACUUAAGGCCGAACGUGAACGUGGUAUCACCAUCGAUAUCGCUUUAUGGAAAUUCGAAACCGCCAAAUACUAUGUAACCAUCAUUGAUGCCCCUGGACACAGAGAUUUCAUCAAGAACAUGAUUACUGGAACCUCCCAAGCUGAUUGUGCUGUACUUAUUGUAGCUGCUGGUACUGGUGAAUUCGAAGCUGGUAUUUCCAAGAACGGACAAACCAGAGAACAUGCUCUUCUUGCCUUCACCCUUGGGGUCAAACAACUUAUCGUCGGUGUCAACAAAAUGGACUCUACUGAACCACCCUACAGUGAAUCCCGUUUUGAAGAAAUCAAAAAGGAAGUUUCUUCAUACAUCAAGAAAAUUGGUUACAACCCUGUCACUGUUGCUUUUGUACCCAUCUCUGGAUGGCACGGAGACAACAUGUUGGAACCUUCCAGCAAAAUGCCAUGGUUCAAGGGAUGGAAUGUCGACCGUAAAGAAGGCAAAGCUGAAGGAAAAUGCCUUAUUGAAGCUUUGGAUGCUAUCCUUCCUCCAUCUCGUCCUACUGACAAAGCUCUUCGUCUUCCCCUCCAGGAUGUCUACAAAAUUGGUGGUAUUGGAACAGUACCAGUAGGUCGUGUGGAAACUGGUGUCAUCAAACCCGGUACCGUUGUCGUCUUCGCUCCAGCCAACAUUACCACUGAAGUAAAAUCCGUAGAAAUGCACCACGAAGCUUUGCAAGAAGCAGUGCCCGGAGACAAUGUUGGUUUCAACGUUAAGAACGUAUCAGUCAAAGAAUUGCGUCGUGGUUACGUAGCUGGUGACUCCAAAAACAACCCACCUAAAGGAGCUGCUGACUUCUUGGCCCAAGUUAUUGUACUGAACCACCCUGGUCAAAUCUCCAACGGAUACACACCAGUACUCGACUGUCACACUGCCCACAUCGCCUGUAAAUUCGCUGAAAUCAAAGAAAAGGUUGACCGUCGUUCAGGAAAGACCACUGAAGAAAACCCCAAAGCCAUCAAGUCUGGAGAUGCCGCCAUCGUCACCUUGGUACCCACCAAACCAAUGUGUGUCGAAUCCUUCUCAGAAUUCCCACCCCUUGGACGUUUCGCUGUCCGUGACAUGAGGCAAACUGUGGCUGUUGGAGUCAUCAAGAGCGUAAACGCCAAAGACGCUAGUUCUGGCAAAGUUACAAAAGCCGCAGAAAAGGCCACCAAAGCCAAGAAAUAGUCUUGAAAUAAAAAAUUAUUUUUAUAUUUUUUAAUUUGUUUUAUGCUUAUUUGACAUAACAUAAUUGAUACUUUUGCUCUGUACUCCUCAGACCAAUAAAACAAGUUUACUAUAAUUUUUUUGUUGUUUUUUUUUUUAAGUUGAUCUAGAAGAUUUCUCAUUCAAUUCAUAAAUUUUUUAACCUGUUCAGUGUCAAACCUAAUGCACAAAAUUC